ACCAUUUUGGAUAAAGUGGUGCAAUAACAACGAACUUAGAGGUCACAGAUACCAGACCAAUUAUUAUGCGCGCGCUCCCUUUAAUUUUCCCGGGAAAACUGGCAAAAUGGCUGAAAACGGACUUGAAGAGAACAGGCAGGUCAAAAACACGGUUGGAUUUGUGACACCAACCAAGAAAAGCCGAUACAAUGAUACUAACGGGGAGGUGAAAAGUGUUACCAAGAAGCGAGACAAUUACAUAGGCUGGGACGAAUAUUUCAUGUCAGUGGCAUUCCUCUCCGCCCAGCGCAGCAAGGACCCAAGCUCACAGGUUGGUGCUUGCAUAGUAAAUCAGGAAAAGAAAAUUGUGGGCAUCGGUUACAACGGCAUGCCCAACAACUGUGGGGACGAUGAGUUACCUUGGGGGAAAGAGGGGGACUGGCUGGACCAGAAAUACGCAUACGUUUGUCAUGCUGAAAUGAAUGCCAUCAUGAACAAGAACUCCUCGGAUGUCAAAGACUGCACCAUCUACGUGGCCCUGUUCCCUUGCAACGAGUGCGCCAAGCUCAUCAUCCAGUCAGGCAUUAAAAGAAUCAUGUACCUGUCAGACAAGCACCACGACAAGCCAGCCACCCAGGCCUCCAAGAGGAUGCUGGAUCUGGCCCAAGUGGAAUAUGUGAAGUACAUACCAAAAAAGCACAAGGUUGUAAUCGACUUCUAUGAGAUUGACCCAGAGUCUCGACCUCGGCCGUCGAGCUCCAUCAUGUCACCGUGAGUGUUGGAAGGAAAGAGCAUUCAACCAGGUGGAGUCUACUCCAAGCGGAGUGUCGAAGCUCAUGCCAGAUUAUGUUCAAACCUUUUUAACAAGAGAUUGGGACCUAAAGAUUUCCUUGUUACAAGCAGGAUCUUGUAUUAACAGUGCACUUAACGAGGUUCAACCAUAUCAGGUUUUCUGUUUAAAAAGUGGACAAGUUUUUGAAAUUGUGUUCAGGUCUUGAAAAUGCAAGCCUGGAGUGGUGUAAAGAUGGCAGUUAAUUUAUACUAAAAGUAAUAUACAUGUAUCUAUUUUUUGUGUGUUUUUUGUAGAUGUAUUAGUUUGGGUAUUUUGUUGCCUUGCUCGUCUAUCAAUAAUAUAAAUCAAGCCAGUUUUGAGGGGGAUAUCACUUUGCAAGAUGUGUAAGGAGUACAACAUUUCUCAAUAGUUCUGGAUUGGCAUUGGCUGUAGCUUCUUGUGGAUUGGUGUUUUUAUGAUUUGAUGCUGGUUUGCUCUGCUAAAGUUGAAGAUUUUGGGAUUUAUUUAAUGGAGGAGGGAGACAAUCCAAUCGAGGGUUUGCAUGGUUGCCAUCUUGCAGGCCAGUGCUUUUGUUCCGCAGGGUAUGCUCAAAUUUACAAAAGAACUGCCCUGCAAUAUGGCUACCACACAGAGCCUGUAUUGGAUGCUUGGGCCGUUUUCCAAUACUCAACUCCAGCUCCGUCUCUGGCUUCAUUCCCAAAACCAAUCCCGGAUUGUGGGC